UUGCAAUAACCAAGAAAAAACCAAGAAGCAGAGGAAGCAGUACUCCUACACAGCAGUGGACCUUCUCGCUUUCUUUGAAGAAAUUCGUGGAAGUUACAAAGAAAAUUUGUUGUUUGUCUGUACCAAAUUGCUUGCAAAUAACGCAAAUUUCACAUUAUAAAAAAGGCCACAGAGAUCCUAGUUUCUACUUGUGUUUUCAAUUUCCCAAUUUUAUCUCUCUCUACUAAUUCCUUAUACCAAACAGUUAAACAAUGGCUUCCUCCUCUGUUCCAUCUUCAUCUCGACCUCGAUACACCUACGAUGUGUUCUUGAGUUUUAGAGGCGAAGACACUCGCAACAACUUCGUCAGUCAUCUCUACACUGCGUUGACUCACAAGGGGAUUCGCACCUUCAAAGACGAUGAAAAGCUCGAGAGAGGAAAAUCGAUUUCGCCGGAGCUCCGGAGAGCGAUUGGAGGAUCGAGGUUUUCGAUUAUAGUUUUAUCGAAGAAUUAUGCUUCUUCGAGAUGGUGUUUGGAUGAACUUGUGGAGGCACUUGAAUGCAGCAACACAACGGUCUGUCCGAUUUUCUAUCAUGUGGAUCCAUCGGAAGUGAGAAGGCAAAGAGGGAGUUUUGGGGAGGGAUUUGAUGAAUUGGUUUCCAAACAGGGAGUAUUGGGGAUGGAGAAUGUUCCAAGGUGGAGGAAUGCUUUGGAGCAAGUUGCCAAUUUAUCAGGAUGGCCUUACCCCGGUGAUGCAAUCGUCAGGUCUGAAUCAAUGUUCAUCCAAGAAGUUGUCGGGAUACUUUUUAGAAAAUUAAUUGAUACAUAUUCAAGCAUUGGCAAAGACCUAGUUGGGAUGGUUUCUCGUACGGAGAAAGUGAUUGAAUUGCUAAGUUUAGGGAUGGAUGAUGCUCGUGUUGUAGGUAUUUGGGGAAUGGGUGGAAUAGGCAAGACUACUAUUUCCAGAGCUGUUUAUGACUGUAUCUCUUGCCAAUUCGAAGGUUACAGCUUUAUUGAGAAUGUUAGAGAAGUUUUAGAAAAAUGUGGUUUAAAAACUUUGCAAGAACAACUCAUUUCUGAAAUCUUAAUGGAAAAGGAUUUGAAUGUAGAAAGUGAUGGUCAUGCAGUACAUAUGAUAAGGAACAUGGUAUGUCAUAAAAAAGUUCUUAUCGUGCUUGAUGAUGUGGAUGAAUCAACCAAACUCGAAAAAUUGGUAGGAGAGCAUGAUUGGUACAGUUUUGGAAGUAGAAUCAUUGUAACGACCCGAAAUCAACAUGCCUUUACUAGAUAUGGCAUAAAACAUAUCUAUGAGGUUGAGCAAUUAAGAGAAGAUGAAGCUAUAGAACUCCUUGAAUCGAAAGCCUUUGGGAAACACCGACAAAUGGGAGGCUAUGGAGAGCUUGUCCGUCAUGCAGUGAAGUAUGCUAACGGAGUUCCUUUAGCUCUCGAAGUUUUGGGUUCUUUCCUUUGUGGUCGAAACAAAGAUGAAUGGGAAAGUUCAUUAAACAGAUUGAAAAAAAGCCCUCUCAAGGAAGUUCUACAAGUACUUAGAAUAAGUUACGAUGCAUUGGAGUCAGAAGAGAAAGACAUAUUCUUAGAUAUUGCAUGUUUUUUCAAAGGGAAGGAUAAAAAUGAUGUAACAAAAAUAUUAGAAAGUUGUGGCUUCCACCCAGUUAUUGGAAUAGAUGUUCUUGUUCAGAAGUCUCUUAUAACUAUCUCAGGCAAUAAGUUGUUGAUGCAUGAUUUGAUACAAGAACUAGGGUGGCAUAUUGUUUGCGAGGAAUCACAAAAAGAGCUUGGAAAGCGCACUAGGUUAUGGUGUGAUGAAGAUAUAAAACAUGUAUUGAUGGACAAUACGGGAACAAACAAAGUGGAAGGCAUAGUUAUGCAGUAUAGUGACCUAAGAGGUCUAGAUCCAAAGGACAUUCGGUUUCUAAAACAAUUGAAGUUGAGGCCUGAAGCUUUUGCAAAGAUGUCGAACUUGAGGAUUCUCAAAAUUUGUUGUAUGCACCUCUCAGAAGAACUCAAAUAUCUUCCUAACAAGUUAAGGUAUCUUGACUGGUUAGGAUACCCUAUGAAAUACAUGCCUUCAACAUUUCAACCAGAGCAUCUUGUUGAACUUCACUUAACCUAUAGCAGCAUUGAACAACUUUGGGAGGGAACAAUGCAUCUUGACAAGUUAAGGAUCAUGAAUCUUAGUCAUUCGACAUAUCUGACGAAGAGUCCAGACUUUACAGGAGUCCCAAAUCUUGAAAGACUGAUUCUUGAAGGUUGUAUAGGUUUGGUUAAUCUUCAUCCAUCCAUUGUAGUUGUCAAAAGGCUUAUUCGUUUGAACUUGAAGGACUGCAAGAGUCUCAAGAGUCUUCCUUGUGGCAUUCAAUUGGAAUCUCUUGAAGUUUUUAUUGUCUCUGGGUGUUCAAAGCUUGAUAACGUUUUGAUUAGCUUGAGAUAUAUGAAAUGUUUAUCAAAGCUUUGUUUAGAUGGGACUGGUAUCAAUGAACUUCCACCUUCAGUUGGACAUCUUACCAAUCUUGGUUUGAUUAGUUUGAGAGAUUGUAAAAACUUGAGAAGUAUUCCAGACAACAUUUGUCAAUUGAAAGAUCUUACAACUUUAAUCCUUUCUGGUUGCUCCAAACUUGACAAACUGCCGCCAGACUUGGGUGUUUUGUACCAUUUAAAAGAGCUUUGUGCAGAUUGGACUGCAAUUAGACAACUCCCAUCCUCCAUUGGACGUCUGAAGAAGCUUAAAAUACUAACGCUAAUAGGGUGUAAAGGAAUAUCAUCUAAUUCCAUGGCUUCUGAACUAACAACAGCCUUGUCAGGGUUGGAGUCUUUAUGGGAACUAGAUCUGAGUUUCUGUAAUUUAAAAUCUAUCCCCACAGCCAUUUGUAGCAUCUACUCGUUGGCAUUUUUAUACCUAAAUGGAAAUAAUAUGGAAAGUUUACCUGCAAGCAUGAAUCAACCUUCAAAUCUGUUGGGCUUGUAUUUGAUUGGUUGCAAGAAGCUUCAAGAAUUGCCAGAGAUUUCACCUCAAUUAGUUUUCCUAUUUGCUGAUGAUUGCCCAUCAUUAAGAACAACAUGGAUUCCAUCCCAAAACCGUCGUAAUGCCUUAGUGUCCUUCAACAAUUGCUUCAAAUUGGUUGAGAAUAAGCAAAAUGACAUCCUGACAGAAAAAUUUCUUUCAAACAUAUUUCAGGUUCUCUCUCUCUCUCUC